GUCGUCCUUGAAGAGCUCGCUAAGGGAGAGAAUCGCGAAAUGUUGACGUGAUGGCGUUUCUCAUUGAAAAUGGAAGAACAUGUUUGAAAAGCUUUCUCGGAGGGUCAUGCAUCGUUUUUGUGCCAUGGAUAUCGUACUUAGGAACUAGGUGGCAGUAUAUCUAUACCGACUUUGGUAUAUAUCUGCUAUUGUUAUAUGCUAUUGUGUACAAUGGCGCGCUUGUGCUGCUCAGUUACAGGGCAACAGUUGGUGCCGAGGGUAAAUUCUUCAAGGUAGCAGUUCGCGGAGGGUUCCUAGGACUGGCAUUCGGACUGGGCUGGAUCAUAAGCAGCUCGCAGACCUCUCUGACUCACUUUGGGUGGUACCUGAUGGCUCUCAGCUUCUUCCACUUCUCUGAAUAUCUGACAACAGCAGCUACAAAUCCUUCCUCCCUUACUCUUGACUCGUAUCUGCUGGACCACAGUAUGGAGUAUAAGUUAGCUGCGGUAGCUAGCUGGCUCGAGUUCUUUGUAGAAUGGUAUAUAGCACCAGGUUUAAAGCAGUAUAUCUACAUAGUUGUCAUUGGUGCAGUGCUAGUCCUGUUUGGUGAAUCUCUGAGAAAAGCCAGUAUGAUUACAGCCUCAACAAACUUUAAUCAUUAUGUACAGUAUGUAAAGAGACCAGGUCAUCAGCUGAUAACAAGGGGAGUGUACUCCUGGUGUCGACAUCCGUCCUACGUAGGCUGGUUCUACUGGAGUAUAGGAACUCAGUUGAUGUUAUGCAACCCUUUUUGCCUGAUAGCCUACUCGAUUGUAUCAUGGAGAUUUUUCCGAGAGAGGAUUUACGAAGAGGAGAUUUAUCUUCUGAACUUUUUUGGUGAAGAUUAUUUAGAUUACCAGAAGACUGUGAGAACUGGAUUACCCUUUAUAGAGGGGUACACAGGUUACUCGGCUAUAUAAUCUAUGGUCUAUAGUGUAAAAUUGACUAGGACAUGCUGUAUUUACGCCAUUUUAAAAAUGCACUAGAAUUUUAGAAUAUCUUUAAUUAGGCCUGACACACUGCAUUUUUUUCUCUCAGUCAGUAAUGUGCCCCAUUUCUAGAAUGUUAUAGUUUUGUUAUUUUUAAAAAUGUCUGAAAGAUUAUAGAUAUAUGUAUGUUUUCAUGGUUGGGAGAUUUGAAUGUUGUUGAAUAAUCUUACCACUGUGACUGUGUGUUGGAAACUUUUAUCAAGUUUUCAAAUCCCCCCCCCCCAAAAAACAAAACAUGCACCUAUGUCAUACUUUUACAGAGCUCCAGAUAAGGUACGUAUCAGCGUAAAUACUCAUUAAAUUUUACCAAAUACGCAUUAAAGUUUAAAAGCAGGCGUACAAUUACGCAUUCGCGAAUGUAAAUACGCUUUACACUCGUAAAGUAAUGCGUAGAGGUAACUCAAUACACAACUGUAUAAGCCUAAUUGUUAUACUUCUUUCUUAAAUAAACAGGUAGGGUGCGAUCGAAAGCACAUAAAAACUUAUAUUAUUAAUCGUAAACGAUUGAUUAAUGGCACAGAAAAUGGUACCGGACAAACGAUAUAUAUUUCUUCUGUUAAACUUUCUAAGUUUUUACUGAAAUGUCGCUCCUGCAGCAUUGUCUCGCUAACUAUUUGCAAGAAUGGGAGUCACGCAUUUAUUUACCGACUUCCGUCACACAUGCAAUCGUUUUACACAGAUGGAAUAAAACCAAUUCUUGGUUAACGGUACAAGGUGAGGGGAAUCCGACAGUAAUUUGCAGUGAAAACAAAGUGCAAAAAUAUAUAUGGGCAGUAUUAGGUUCGUCUGAAUUUUAAAAUUUGCUGUAGAAAGUCACAAAAACUUUAGACUUUGAAACUGAUAUUGUUUGGUUUAAAAUGCUUUUAGUUUCUCGGUUAUAACAGUUUAAUUUAUAAAGUCUUCAUUGUCAUUUAGAUUUUGAAAUUUAUUGUUGAGGUAUUAAAUUUUAAUGUACCAGACACUCAGUCAUAUAAUAUCUGAUUAUAUUUAGACUAAGUGAUGAAAUUCUGUAUUAGUGGCAAACAGCAAAGAUAAUCAGUAAAUUAACAAAAUACUCUUUUGACUUUUUCUGAAAAGCAAGAUACUCAUUGAUCUGAAAAUCAGGGGGUAAAUACUCUUUGUGGUAAAAAAUUAUCUGGAGCUCUGCUUUUAUUUAGGUUACAUCAUUUCUUUAUGAUGCAAAUAACAUGUCAGAUAGAUGCAUUGCAAAAAAAUAUUUCUGGUUAAUGUAUCAGGCCUUCUUAAAAGUUAUAUUUUAUCAAAGUACAGGAAAAUAAAAUGCUGCACAAUUGAAUUAUUUUUAUGAUAGAAUGAAAGAUACUACAUCUUAUUUAUUAAAAAUUCUAUUUUUGUAAA